GUAGGGAGCGCGGCUAGAACAGCGGGGCGGACGGGGAGCUCCGAGACAGCUCUGCGGACUCUGCCGCGGCGACCUUCCGGCCGACACUCAGGACCCUGCGGGCGGCGUCGCAGAUUUCUGCUUGGCAGAUUCACCAAAGGCAAGAGAGGCUAAUCUGCCUGUGUUCUGAGUGCCACCCUCUGCAAAACCCCCAUAGCAGACCCCAGGCCCAAGUCCACUGUGCUACCGUACCUCCACCCCAGACGUUGCUCUGGGGUCUGCCUGAGGUCAGCAGCGUGAAGAUGACCAGCGCCUUCCCAGCAUGACGACCUUGGACCAUGUGAUCGCUACCCAGCAGUCGGAGUGGGUCUCCUUCAACGAAGAGCCCCUCUUUCCUGCCUCUUCGGAGGGUGACACCGAAGAGCACCUCCCAGGACCGUCAUCGUCCUCAGACCAGUCUGAGAGCUCCUCCGGAGAGAACCAUGUGGUGGAUGGAGGCUCUCAGGACCUUUCCCACUCGGAGCACGAUGACUCCUUUGAAAAGAUGGGCCUCAUCUCUGAAGCAGUCUCGCCUCCUGGGACCCCUGAGCAGCCCCUGCCUGACCUGGCCUCGGCCAUCAGCAACUGGGUUCAAUUUGAAGAUGACACCCCCUGGGCCAGCACAUCACCACCUCGUAAAGAAACAGCCCUACCAUUGACUGUGCCCUGCUGGACGUGCCCUUCCUUCGCCUCCCUGGGGAGAUGCCCUCUGCCCUCUGAGAGCAGCUGGACCACACAUUCUGAAGAUACCAGUAGCCCUAGUUUUGGCCCCUCGUACACAGACCUGCAGCCCAUCAGUGCUGAGGAGCUGACGAGUGGCCCAGCUUCCAGGGCUGACUCGACUGACGAGAGGACGGAGUGGCAGACAGGCAGGCAGACGGCGGUGAGUCCUGUUCAAGCAUGCACGGAGCAUACCUCUACCCGCACCCACGUGCGGGACCCCUCGCCACCCCUAACCCACCCCUGGAGGAGCCAGAGCCCCGGCAAGGGUCCAGAGGGGGCCUUCGCCCCCAGUGACAAUUCUUCCUCUCUUCAGGAAGAUGAAGAGGUAGAGAUGGAGGCCAUCACCUGUCAGGCUAGCAGUCCAGCCAUGAACGGCCAUCCUGCCACUCCAAUGACCUCUGCUCGUUUCCCCACCUGGGUCACUUUUGACGACAAUGAAGUCAGCUGCCCUUUGCCACCAAUCACCUCUCCUCUGAAGCCGAAAACACCACCUAUUGCAUCUGUGAUCCCAGAGGUACCUUAUAACUCAACUGCGUCCUUUAAGAAGAGGGAGCGUCCCAAGAGCACGUUGAUGAACUUCUCCAAAGUUCAGAAGCUGGACAUUUCCUCCUUGAACCAUCCACCUUCCGUGCCUGAGGCUCCACCGUGGAGAGCAACCAAUCCUUUUCUGAAUGAGACUCUACAGGAUAUUCAGCCCUCCCCUAUCAACCCGUUCAUCGCUUUCUUUGAGGAGCAGGAGAGGCGCUCCCAAAACAGUUCCAUUUCUGGUACCACGGGCAAAAGCCAAAGAGAUUCCCUCAUUGUCAUCUACCAGGAUGCCAUCAGUUUUGAUGAUUCAAGCAAAAACCAGUCACACUCAGAUGCUGUUGAAAAACUCAAACAACUCCAAAUUGAGGAUCCUGAUCACUUAGGUAGUGCGACACUUUCUGAUGAUGACCCCGUAGCCUGGAUUGAAUUAGAUGACCACCCAUCAGGCUCUGCACCGUCCCAGCCCAGGGAUGGGUGGCCCAUGAUGCUAAGGAUCCCUGAGAAGAAAAACAUCAUGUCCUCUAGGCACUGGGGACCCAUCUACAUCAAACUGACGGACAGUGGUUACCUGCAGCUGUAUUACGAGCAGGGCCUAGAAAAACCAUUCCGUGAGUUCAAGCUGGAGCCUUGCCAUGAGAUCUCAGAACCACGGCUCCAGAACUAUGAUGAGAAUGGCAGGAUCCACAGCUUGCGGAUAGACCGCGUCACCUACAAGGAGAAGAAGAAAUACCAGCCUAAGCCUGCUGUGGCCCACACAGCGGAGAGGGAGCAGGUGAUUAAGCUGGGUACCACUAGUUACGAUGACUUCCUGAGCUUCAUCCGUGCAGUUCAGGACCAUCUCAUGGAUCUGCCGGUGUCAUCCAUGGACCUGAGCACAGUUGGCCUGAACUACCUUGAAGAGGAGAUUACAGUGGAUGUCAGAGAUGAAUUCUCUGGCCUUGUGAGUAAAGGAGACAACCAGAUUCUCCAGCACCAUGUCUUGACACGGAUCCACAUCCUGACUUUCCUCUCUGGCCUUGCGGAGUGCCGCUUGGGUCUCAAUGACGUCCUCGUCAAGGGGAACGAAAUUGUCUCCCGGCAAGACAUCAUGCCCACCACCACCACCAAGUGGCUCAAGCUGCACGAGUGCCGUUUUCACGGGUGUGUGGACGAGGAUGUGUUCAACAGCUCACGGGUUAUCCUGUUCAACCCUCUGGACGCCUGCCGGUUUGAGCUAAUGCGGUUCAGGACGGUAUUUGCCGAGAAGACCUUGCCUUUCACGCUCAGGACGGCAGCAAGUGUCAAUGGGGCCGAGGUGGAGGUGCAGAGCUGGUUGCGGAUGUCCACCGGCUUCUCCUCCAACUGCGACCCUCUCACUCAGGUUCCCUGUGAGAAUGUGAUGGUUCGCUACCCGGUGCCCAGUGAGUGGGUGAAAAACUUCCGCAGGGAAAGCGUCCUGGGGGAAAAGUCUUUGAAAGCCAAAGUGAACCGGGGGGCAAGUUUUGGCUCCACUAGUGUCUCUGGCUCUGAGCCUGUCAUGAGAGUAACUCUGGGAACGGCCAAGUACGAACAUGCCUUCAACUCCAUUGUGUGGAGGAUAAACCGACUGCCUGACAAAAACUCAGCCUCUGGUCACCCACACUGUUUCUUCUGCCACCUUGAACUUGGCUCUGACCGGGAAGUGCCUUCCAGAUUUGCCAAUCACGUGAAUGUCGAGUUCAGCAUGCCUACGACUUCUGCCUCCAAAGCUGCCGUAAGAUCCAUCUCUGUGGAAGACAAGACCGAUGUCAGGAAGUGGGUCAAUUAUUCCGCACACUACAGCUACAAGGUGGAAAUUGAGCAAAAACACAGUUUGAAGCCAGACCUUGAAGGAGAUGAAAUGGAAAAUCCCAAGGAGUGUGGGGUCCAGUGACAAAGCCCUCCUGCAGGGCGGCCCGACCCAAGAGUCACGAUAGGAUGUCUUCUUGAAUAGCUGAAGCUCAAGUCAGUACCUACCAUGGCUACUCCAUGCUGGGAACAGCACGGUGGACCUUCCUGUUUGUAGCUACCUGUAUUUUAACAGGAUACCCUGAGGUGGUUGCUUUGGAGAGGCUCUGAUCAUGCCCGAAGCACCUGGGUCACCUGACUUUGGGGGCUUACAGUGUAAUUAAGCCUCCGCUCCACUCCGCUUGUCUCACAGCACUUGGGUGUGGUUUGUUGUGACUGAUAAAGUCAGGAAAAGAAACUCCCACAUCAGUGUGGGGACAUCCCUCUGAUGUUCACCUGUCACUUAACAUCAGUUUCUGGAAAACAGUCCUGAGAACUUAAUUAACUCAGACUCCAUCUCUGCCACUCCCUCUAGAAAACGCAGAGAAAAGGCACAGAGUUGAUCUCCUCUUUGGGUGUGCUAGGCCUUUCUCCACUCUUUGAGUGUUAACACUAUGCGACCGAAGUUUUUGAGUUGUUUCCCUCCUGGUUCUAGAUUGUUUUGAUUGAAACACUUUUUUUUUUCCGAGUCAUAACAGACAAUGGAAAAAAGGCUCAAUAGGACACUUAUGAAUUCUGUGGUUAGCCCCACAUUCUGCAAAGAGUGGCUGCUGAAGGGAAAGAAAAAUUGAGCUUAUUUUUCUUCAUUUUGGGGAAAAGGGACAUUCAUUGUAAGAUCAUAUUCAAUUCAGGAGACAGCUUCAAUCUCAGUCAAUUUCUAAAUUCACACUGAAAAACGUAGGCCAUUUCUGAUUCCUGAAACAAAUGGCUACAUUUGUCAGGGGCAUCUGGGAGCUCUCUGUAUACCUCAUAGCCAACAGACAGCUGCAUGUCUCUUUAACUCAAAUAUACAGGAAAUAUAAGUUGAAAAGGUCAUUUUAAAAGCUGUUUCAAAACUAAGCUUGUAUGAGCUUUUCAGAGUUUGAUAAUCACAGUAUUAUGCUAGAUCUAAAAGGCAAAAGACUUCAGGGUAGUGGGGGGGAUAUUUUUCCUAACGUUGGGAACUAAGUCCUGAUUCCAAGAAUUGAGGACACUCACUAUUCUUUCUCUUCAUCUGUUCCUGUUCACAGUCUGUAAAUCUGCUUCUUAUUUGUACCUUGUGUUUUCUUAGCAUGCAAGGAACCACAUCGGCUGUCCCAACGGGGAUACCAGUUCAACAAUUUAAAGGCAGCUUUUAUCUGCUUUCCUAUUUCUCCCAUGAAGAACAGAGUAAUGGGAACAGAAAGCAUGCUAAUCAGAUGACACAGAAAUAGACAUAUCUAGUCUGCUGACUGGCAGAUUCAGGGUUAAUUCAUUCAGUGAAUAUUCAUUACAUUCAAUGUGUGACACUAGGAUAUAGAAAUCAUUACAAUUUUUUGAGAUACCUGAGCAUGAGACUGAAACUAAAAGGAUGAAAUUGAAUAAGCAUUAAUGAGAAACUCUAUAUCCUGAGUUUCUUAACUGCAACCCCUAAGUACAGAGUGGUGUACCUAUGCGUGUAUGGAUGUGUGUGCUGGUGUGAAGGAUGUUGCAGAGUCCUGAUUUCACAGUUUUUGUAGAAAUGUUUUCUUAGGGAAAUCUGAGUUCCAUCUUGAAUCAGAAGUAUAUCAUGGGUAUUCACAAAACUAAUGCAUUCAACCUGUGGUAACAGAAGCCCAAGGAGCCCUGCACGCUGCACUAAUCAGUCCACAUCUGGAUAGAGGGUUGGGUUCAAUUCUGGGUACCACAUUUUAAGAGAUUAACAAACUGUGUCCAGAGUCAGGUGGCCAGGGUUUGAAGAGUCUGAUUAUACAAGGAACAGGGGACUGGUUCCCCUGAAGAACAGAAGGCAGAGCUGGAAAGGGAGUGCAGAAAAAGAGGAAACAAUAUAAUAGCUGCCUUGAAAUCUCUGUUGAGCUAUAAGAAGAGAGAGGAACUGGACUUACUCAGUGUAGCUUCAAAGGGCAAAAAGAGGAAUUUUAUGGAUGACAGAUGUUUACUUCAAUAUAAGAAUGAAUUUUCUAGUAAGAGUUGUUCUAAAGAAUGGACUCAAAUAGUAAAAUUUCCAGUUGCUGCAAAUGCCCAAAGGCUAAAAUAACCCAUCUAUCCCAAAUGCUAUGAAAAAGGGACUUGGGCUAGACAACUAUUAAGAUCCCUUCUCCUCAUAGGUUUAGUCUCAAGAGUAAUAGGAUUCUCUAUUCUAGUUGUUUUUAAUUUGAUAAGCGGUUUUUCCUGCUCUCUGAAGUACAGUGGGGUUCCCUAGGGGUCCUUGUCAAGUGAGGUCUCCAAGACAGAGCCCUUCCCUGUUGUGCUAAAAGAUUCCUCACAGAAACACCGACAUGGGCUGAAGAGAUGCCAAGGUGAAGGUCAUCCUGGCACCUUCCGUAUGCAGUGUUAGCACCCAGGCACCCUCUCGAGACCCCUGCCUCACUUGCUAGCAUCACAAUGUAAGCAUUGCUUGUUGGACCUUUUUUUCCCAGUGGUUAAUUCUCACUGCCUUUGUGUUUUCACCUGGACAUUGUUUUUUAAACCAAGGGUUGGGAAAACCUUUCCCAUGCUACCUACAUUCAGCAAUCAAAUUAUCAUUAAUUUUUAAAAACAAAUUAUUAAUUUUUAAAAACCUACUACCUUGAUUUCAUCAGUUUUGCCUUUCCUCUACUGUUUUUUAAAAACUGAUUAUAGGUAACAUUUAGGAGUUUGGGAAAUACUAUAUAUUUUUAGAUGUAGUUUCUAUGUAGUUUUGUUAAUAGCCUACAUAGAAAACACGGUUGGGCAAAUACAUUUUGAUGUGCAGAUUCUAAGUUUGCCACCCUGGACCUGGAUUUUGUGUGUAUGUGUGUGGCCACAAAUAAUCCCUGUCUCUGUUAUCAAUAAUGCAAACCUGUUAAAAGUGUAUUCAUCUUACCAGUACAUAGUAUUACUAUUAGAACAUAAAUUAGAUGUCCCAUGAUAUUAAGAGCUGUGCUUUCUUUUGGCUCUAGUGGCUUGCUUUGUGACUUUAUACUAAAGGAGGAUAAGAAAUUAUAAUAUUUCUAACAAGAGAACAUGAGGUGCUUUGUGGGGGUAUCAUUAAACCUCCUUUGCCACUCUUAUAAACAUAGUACUAGUUAUUCCUUAUCAAAAAUCUGCAUUUCACUUAUAUAUAAUCUGGACAGUUUUUUUUUCUUUCCUAUUUGGUUCCUGCAUUAUUGACCAGGCUUGUAACCCUUGAGAACAUUUUUUACAUAAAAUAUUUAUUUGAAAUGAGAGUAAUUUCUAUUCAGAUCCACUGGAUGAGAGCAAGAGUUUAUUUCCCUACAAAUUCACAUUCCCAAAAAACAUGACCCAUGCAGGCAAGAAAUGUAUCUUAUUCUUUGUUUCCAGUACUUAGCGCCAAGCUUGGAACAUAACAGGUUUCUGCCAACUUAAAUCCUUGCUGAUAGGACAAAUACAUAUUAAUGAAAUAAAGGGAAAUGAUUAGGUACUCAAUAAAUCUUUGUUGAACAAAUACUGACCCUGAGACUCUAAGACUACCUAACCCUUACUUACCAUCAAUACUUACAUUGAAGCAAGCAAGCAUGCUUUUAUUUUCUGGAGCACUUAAAUACUUUUUCUUUCUUUGCCUCCACUGUUGACUGAUGAUAACUGUCAGCACUUGAGCACUUCAUGUGCAGCUGAAUUUAAACUACAAUGUGUCUUAUUCGUACUGGAAAACACUUCUGUGCCCAAAGACAGCAGUAGCAUAGAUGCUGUCCAUGGUCCAGAUCAUUGAUUCUGUUUUGUUCCUGCAAGUCAGACAGAUCUGUGAGCCUGAUCUUACCCAUUUGAAUGGUCAGUGGAAGAAGAAAGCACUUAAUAGGGUAUACCUGGCCCAUCUUGGUGUGCUAGGUCUUUUGUUUUCCUCAACAUUAGCCACUGACCUGUGUAUUUAUUUUGUCACCAUAGUAAGAUGGAGGUCUGAGGUAGGAAGGCCAACACUUGAGAAAUGACAUCAUGAUUCCAGUGCUGCUUUAAGUCUCAGAAUAAGUUUAGUGGUGGGAAAAAGAAUGAGCUGAUACUUCUUAAAAGCCUUGAAAAUACUAAGUUGAUUUGAGUAGGAAGUACUGCUGUCUAGCCUACUUUUAGAAAUUCUUCCAGUGAAGAAUGGUAACUUUAACUCUUCUAUGAAUGAUGAUGGUAAGUUAAUUCUAGCAUAUCUAGAGUUCACGUCAUGAUAAGAAUGCAACUUAACAUGAAAUUCAAUCAAAAGUGACCAAAAAACUAAAUCUACAAAAAUAUCAUCUUGUAAAGGAAUUAUCCAUAACAUUUCACUACCAAGUUCCAUCCAAACCAUGACAGCUCUUUUAUAUAAAGUUAUCAUAGCAUUCUCACCAAGUCCUAAACAUGUUUUCUAAACAUUACCAAUGUCUAAGUGCCAAUUCUCUACAAGUUACCAUUUCUUAAUUAUGUUCUUUGUAAAUGAAACUUGCUUUGGAUAUUGUGACUCAUAUUUAUCUAUUUAACAAAUUAAAAAUGAAUGCGAUGUGUAAGGCAGUCACAAAUGUAGAAAAUAAAUAUGUGUAUCAGUAAUGGUUUCCCAUGUAUUAACUAAGCAGGAAUGUGGAAUUUCUACAUUUCUUCCACUGUGCCUUAGCAAAUCUGAUUGAGAGUCUAUUCCUUUUGUUUCAUUUUAACAGCUAAAAAAAAAAUGUAUCUCUGAAUUUGCAAUUCCAGGCCCGUAAAGGCAGAAGCUAUCCAUAAUGAUGUGUGUGCCUGGAGAGAGGCAAAUAAUAAUUACAUGUAAUGAAAAGCUAUAAAAGAACAGAAUCAAAAGGUAGAAUUGCAAUAUGAAAAAAUAAAAUGCAGAGAAGUAACAAAUAUAGCACUGGCCACCAAACUUCAAAACACUUGAACGUAAGGAACUCAAGAAAAAAUAAAAGAUUGCCUAACAAGGAUGAACAAUAGAAUUCAGUUCAACAAGUAUUUAUCUAGUGUUUACUGGUCAAGGUGCUGUCCGAGCAGUCAGCUUCCCUAAAGGGAGCUAAUAGGGCCAAACCCAAGGACAAUGAGGAUUGCUGAUGCAAAGACAUUGGUGGGAAUGCCCAUUAUCAGAGGAGAAGUAGGGUUUCUAUGAGUCUUUAAAGGACACAGUCAUGGAGACAAUCACCAUGUUAACCAUCUUCCCAGUUGGGCUUCAGUGACCUCAGCUAAAAAAAGUGAGGAAGCUGGACUAACUGUUCCAUUAGGUCCUUUCCAGCUCCAGUUUUAUGGAUUAUUUUAUAAAAUAUCCUCUGGUGCCACUGUCAGUGAUACUUCAUGUCAACUGGACUCUUCAUGUAGUCUUAAGAACCAAGAAAUUUAAAAUUUGAAUAUUGGGAAAAUUAGCUGGCCCAUCUUUGCCCUUGGUAUGUCUCUAUCCUUUUCCAUCUACCCAGUCAACAGAAAAACACAAAACCCUGCAAUCCUCUAUUUUGUAGUUGCCUUCAAAACACAGAUAAAAAUGCAGGAUCAAAAGGAUGAUGAAGAUCGGCUGGCACACGCUCUGGACGUUUCCCUGGCAUCACCUAGCACAGCAGUGUGUGAGUGUGAUGAGGAACAGAUAGGAUUUGGGUACCACCUGAAGCAGAAGUAGGUUUAAGCCUCCAAGGUACUGAGGGGCCAUGUUGGGAUGAUCAAUGAUUUAUAGAUAUACAAAGGACUGCAGAAAUUGAGGGUAGAAAAAAUCCUGGCUCUGCUUUUAAUAUAGUUACGGCAAAACGAGAUGAGAGGAAGGGUCAAUCCUCCCUAUCUAGCUUUAUUGUCUCUCAGUAACAUGAAACUGUAGUUAAAAAAAAUUUUAAAACAUGUACAAGCUACAAAAUAGCACCCCUUUUGUGGUAUGUGUUAGUAUGAUUUUAGUUUCCUGUACUAAGAAUUGGUCAAAUGUAAUGGCUCAAUUCCAGCCGGACAGAGCAAGGAAUUCCAGCAUCCUCUUCCUGUUCAGUCCCAUCUUCUGCCUCAGAUCAAACCCUCAGUGCUAGCUGUGGACACCGUCUAGCCACACUGUGACUGAAGCCUUAAGCACCACUCACAGUCUUGCCUCCCUGUGCUUCAGGGUCAGCGCCCCAGGUGGUUUCCAAUGGGGGCAGCUCUGGGAAAGCAGAUGUGCACACAUCCCAACAGCACCCUCUGGGACCAGAGCAUCUAAGGGUUUUGAGGUAUGAGGGUGACAGAAGGGACAAGUAUCAACUCCUCUGACCCUAACUCAGCAUUCACUUAACCUUUGUGUCAAGUGGCCAACAGAACCUGGAGAAAACUUUACCGUAUUUAAGAAAUUGAACAAUCAGUGUCUUAAGCCAGUGAGUGAUAAAAGAGCACCCCUCCUCACUCUCCAUUUUUGUAAUGCCCACAGUGAAUUUCAGUGUGUUAGGACGGAUGGACCCAAGAUCGAGUGAAUGAGUCAGCUGAUCGGGGCCUGGAUUUUCCUUUCUUCACUAUCCAGCCUCAUUCAGUGCAAUUUCUUGUACUAUUGUGAUUAAUUUUAUGUAAAAACAGUUUACUUAUAAAAAUAAUAUGUGCCUAUGUAAUAAAGUCUACACACUGGCUAACUCUACAGAGGUAAGGUUUUGUUUUUAAUUGUUUUGCUGAGUAUCAUCUGUAACACCUUUUUUUGAGCUAUGAAAAAGCUAUUAAUAAAAGUUUUUAAACAAAAUGUGUCACUAUGCAAGA